CAAAGCGCGCUCAUCAUCCCUGACACAUGGCGUCGAGGCUGUUGCAUCGCCCCGCCCUCCUCCGCGCGGCCCCGGCGGCGGCCGCGCGGCUCCGCUCUACGGCCGUUGAGUCCGCCCUCAGCUCGGUCGCCGACGGGCUCGGCCUUCCGAGCAAGUACGGGCACUACAUCAACGGGCAGUUUGUUGAGCCGGCGAACGGACAGUACUUCGACAACAUCUCUCCCAUCGACGGGCAGCCCUUCAUUCAGGCGGCGCGUGGGACAAAGGCUGACGUCGACGCCGCCGUGCUGGCGGCCAACACCGCCUACCGCACGACCUGGUCCAAGGUGUCGGUGACGGAACGCUCGAACAUGCUCCUGAAGAUUGCCGACCUGCUCGAGGAGAACCUCGAGCGACUCGCGACGAUCGAGUGUGUGGACAACGGCAAGGCGCUGCGCGAGACAAAGGCGGCCGACAUCCCGCUCUCAAUCGACCACUUCCGCUACUUUGCGGGAGUGAUCCGGGCGGAAGAGGGCGCUGCGUCGGAGAUCGACGCAAACACGCUGUCGCUCUCCAUCCAGGAGCCGCUCGGCGUCGUCGGCCAGAUCAUCCCCUGGAACUUUCCGAUCCUGAUGGCGGCCUGGAAGCUGGCGCCGGCGCUCGCGGCGGGCAACUGCGUUGUCCUCAAGCCGGCGGAGCAGACACCGACGAGCAUCAUGGCGGUGAUGGAGCUCCUCUCGACCGUGCUGCCGCCCGGCGUCGUCAACGUCGUCUCUGGCUUCGGCGGCGAGGCGGGCGAGGCGCUCGCGACCAACAAAGGGAUCGCAAAGCUCGGCUUCACCGGCUCAACGGCCACGGGGAAGAACAUCCUGCAUGCGGCGGCGGAGAGCCUGAUCCCGACGACGCUCGAGCUGGGCGGCAAGAGCCCGUCCCUCUUCUUCUCCUCCGUCCUCGACAAGGACGACGACUUCCUUGACAAGGCGGUGGAGGGGGCGGUGCUCUUUGCCCUCAACCAGGGAGAGGUGUGCACGUGCCAGUCUCGGCUGCUCGUGCAGGAAGACAUCUACGAGCGCUUCAUGGAGAAGGUCGUCGCGCGCACGGAGGCGAUCAAGACGGGGGACCCGCUCGACGAGGCGACGAUGAUGGGGGCGCAGGUCUCGAGCGCGCAGCACGAGAAGAUCGUCAACUACAUCAACCUCGGCACCUCGGAGGGCGCAAAGGUGCUCACCGGCGGCGCGGCCAACGACGUGGUCAACGGCGGCUACUACAUCAAGCCCACCAUCCUCUCCGGCACAAACGACAUGAAGAUCUUCCAGGAGGAGAUCUUCGGCCCCGUCACGAGCGUCACCACCUUCAGGGACGAGGACGCGCCGUUCGGCGGCUACAAGCAGUCGGGCUUCGCUCGCGAGACACACAAGAUGAUGCUCAACCACUACCGCCAGACCAAAAACAUGCUCGUCUCGUACGACAAGUCCAAGCUCGGCUUCUUUUAGACAUCGCUUACUCGCGCCGGCCCCUGCUGCGGCCCGCCACGGCAAACGAUGAGACGGCCGGCGGAGUGUCCUUCUCACGUUGAACGCGAGACGCGCCGCCGUUACCUCCUAGUGCACAGGACCACAAACAAAAUCUCUCUCAUGACCAUGAGCAUGACGAGAGCGAGCGCGCCGAGAUACGGAAAGCUGCUCGCCCAGGGAUGAUGUCUUGAUCCCGCACAUGCUAGGAAUACGUUUGGAGCUCCCCGGUUUCCCCGCCCCACAAAGCGUACGCGUACAUUGAGCACACUUGAGAGACGC